AUGUGUAAUACAACGGACCAAAACGGAGGUGGCAUGCAUGUGGAUAUUGAAGUUCCAGACACGGGAGCAGUGUUUACGUUGGGAAAAUCGUACCUCUUCGAUGAUACGAUUACGGAGGAAACAACGCCACAAAUCGACUCAACAAACCACCCAUCGGAGACCAACGGUAAAGCUGACCUACCGGAACCCAGCGGAAAGGAUGUGCCGAUGCGACAGCAGAGUUACUUCUUUGUCAAAAAUGAUCCGAUCGUGAAAAUUGUCUGUGGCAGCAAACAAAGUGGAGUGAUAUGCGAAUCGGGACGACUGUUCGUUUGGGGUCUCAGUGGACACGGUCAGCUUGGAUUGGGCAAAACGGAAACCAUCCAUAAACCAUCCUGCGUGCGCACAAUCAAGCGUCUCAAGGAGCGCGUCCAAUCGUUUUGUUUCGGAGGAAAUGGAUUCUGUAUUAUACUUUCUGAAUCUGGAAAGGUAUUUUACUGUGGGAAAAAUGUAUUCCCUUUCAACGCUAAGAUUUCCUCUUUACUGGAAGCGACCACACUUCACAAAAAUCCCACCGACAACAGUGAAUAUACACCGUUUCCGGUAGAACUGCAGGAGUUCCGUCACCUUCGGGACCAAGCUGGAGAAGAGCGUUUCACAGAGGUAGUGGCCGGUUUCAACCAUUUCAUACUGCUCAGUUCAAUCGGUAAUUGCUACGGUUGGGGAUACAACAGCCAUCAGCAGCUCGGUGGAGUUGAUUCGCUUAAAAUACUCUCCCAACCGGAAAGGAUUGCACUGGAUGAGUCGGUCGGCCAGGUAUUCUGUGGCAACUACUGCACACUGUUCGUCACCACAGCAAACACACUGUAUCUGGUGGGCAAAUUUCAAAAGAUCACUAUUCCGGUGUUGAAACAGCUGACCAAUUGUAUCCUUCCGGAGCAAGUAAUUGCAGGCGAAAUUACUGGAUGGGAUUGUGUGUAUUUGUUGCUGGCAACUGGCCAGGUGUACCGAUCCAAUCGGGUGCGCAAGGUGGAAGAUGUACAAUUCGAUCUAUUCGAAAAUUUAGAUGGAUUGUUGGCGGAGGAUGAACACGUUAUCAAGAUCGCAUCGGCAAAUAAUUGUGUAUCGUUCGUUACCAAUGCCGGACGCCUGUUAACGACGUACGAUGAUGAUUGCCCCUUCACUGUGUCGGACCAUUUCAAAGAGUUAACGAAAUUUAGUCACUUUAACGUUACGGACAUUGCCAGCGGGAACGAACAUUCGCUAGUGUUGGCUUACCCUGCCGUAGAGCGAUUGGAUGUUACACAUGCGCUCGAGCUACUGCACAAUGCUACACCGAUACCGACCGAGCUGCAGAGGGAUGCCCAAAUGGCACAAGAGUUUAUCCGCAACGAAAAGAGACGGUUGCGACGGGAGCACGUGGAGCGUGAGAUAUCCAAGGAUGAAUCGAUUGCGAUUGAAACAAGUGGCCGAGGCGAUUCCGACGUGCGGUUUAUCGAUAACGGAGUUAGCAUAGCGCUUGCCGCUACUCCUAACGGGAAGCGGGAACACAAACGACACCAUCACCACCACCUGAAACCAUCCGACACUGCUGACGCGGAUGAUGAGGAGGAUCGUUUCUCUGCCCAUAGAGAUGUCGGUCCGAGGAAAACCCAUACGCCCAACAUAAGUCAGCUGAUCGAUUACAGCGAUGACGAUAACGAUAGCAUCUCAUCGCAGUCCACCUUUAACGAUGAAGUGGAAGAAGAAAACGGGGACACUGGAAAGCAUACCGGCAAGCACUCGGAAAGCUACAAUGGUAAAAAUGGUAUCAAAAACGAUAGUAACAAUAAUCGCAACGAGGAUGCACGUAAGCUGAGUCUCGGCAGCAAGCUGAACGGUAGCAUGGGCAGCACAAAGUCCAGCGACAAGAUGCGUAAGUUCUUCAAGGAGCUUAAAUCGAAAAGCAUGGAUGUAUCGUGCAAGAACCCGGGUGUCGUUUUAGACGAUGAUGUAAAGUAUUCCAAAAACGAUCAGAUCAUCCAGGCAGAGGACAGAGCGUCGAAGGUGUGCACACUGAUGUGA